AUGCCGAGGUCGUGUUACAGUCGCCCAGGGGCCCUGCUGCUGGCCUUGCUGCUUCAGGCCUCCAUGGAAGUGCGUGGCUGGUGUCUGGAGAGUAGCCAGUGUCAGGACCUUUCCACGGAAAGCAAUCUGCUGGCGUGCCUGCGGGCCUGCAAGCCCUACCUCUCCGCCGAGACGCCCGUGUUUCCGGGCAACGGCGACGAGCAGCCAUUGGCCGAGAACCCCCGGAAGUACGUCAUGAGCCACUUCCGCUGGGACCGCUUCGGCCGCCGGAACAGCAGCAGCAGCAGCAGCCGCAGCCAUGGCGGCGCCGGGCAGAAGCGCGAGGCGGAGGUGGCGGCGGGCGAAGGCCGCGUCCCGGUGCCCCUCCGUAGCGGCGGGCUCCCCGGCGGCGAGGGCGCCGAGCCGAGCCCACGCGAGGGCAAGCGCUCCUACUCCAUGGAGCACUUCCGCUGGGGCAAGCCGGUGGGCAAGAAGCGGCGCCCCGUAAAGGUGUACCCCAAUGGCGCGGAGGACGAGUCGGCCGAGGCCUUCCCCCUGGAGUUCAGGAGGGAGCUGGCGGGCCAGCGGCCCGACCCCGACGCCAGCGACCCCGACCCGGAGUACGGCCUGGAGCCCGAGGCCGAGAAGAAGGACGACGGCUCCUACCAGAUGGAGCACUUCCGCUGGGGCAGCCCGCGCAAGGACAAGCGCUACGGGGGCUUCAUGAGCUCGGAGAAGAGCCAGACGCCGCUGGUGACGCUGUUCAAGAACGCCAUCAUCAAGAACGCCCACAAGAAGGGCCAGUGAGGCGCGGGGCCUCUGGGCUCCCGUCCUCGCCUGGCGUCCUCUCGCCUCUCAGCCCCGGAGAUCCGCUCCUGGGCUCGGGCAGUACCGGGGCA